UUUAAUCGUGCUAGUCUACUCCGGAGCACUAAUCACAAUAGACGGCCACACCGAAGUCGCCAGGGACGUCUCCUCAGCUCACUUCAAUCCAUACUACGCUUCAGAUCAUCCUGACCUCAAACAUUUGCCACAGCCAUGUCGGACAGACCGCUAGAUCAAAUAAAGAGGGAUACUCUCCGUGCGGAGCGUGCCGCACACCUCCGCAAACAGAAUCUGGUCGGCGCGGAUCCCAUCGAUGCGUUGGAUAACGUUGGGAUCGGACGAGCAUAUCACCAUGAUGGGCCAUACGAUGCUACUUUGUUUCAACGGAAUAAAGACAAGCGGUAUGCACCUGUCGAGGCUGUGAGGGAGUCGAACGCAGAGGCGCUCAAGGCGACCCCCAGGGAACACAUACAGGACUCGUUAACCAAGCAUGUGCCACUUACGGGCACGGCUGACUUUGCCCCGGGACAAGAUGAUAUCAAUGGUCGAAGACUGAGUUAUGAGGAAGGUUCCGACCUAAUGAGAGAUCCAGAUGCUCCUGGCGGACCGUACAGUAGAUACGAGGGCAUCGUAAGUUAUGAGUCGGACCCUAUGAGAAGAAUUCAAGACAGUUGUCUGCCGAGUGGCAUAAAGAGCGCUUAUGAACCAGCCUUGACCUGAGUACUGACUUUACUCUAGAAAUACCACCCCGACGACCUGAAAGGCAAGGGCGAGCCUUCUUACACAGUUGAACGAGAACUUAAUAAGCACAAACAACGCAGGGCUUCGCUCGAGAUUGAUGGUAAUGGUGCAGCAUACGAGAUGCAGCCAA